AUGGCCAGCUGCUUGCGAGCACACAAAUUAGCACGAGACAUCCAAGUCAUUGCUCGUGCGAAAGUGCCCAUCAUCAAAUUUGUGUGCCCACUGGGCCACUUCCACGUUGACAUCUCGAUCAACCAGGCGAACGGUCUACAGGCGGCCCAAUUCGUUAACCGAUGGCUCGUCAAGCAGCCUGCUAUCCGGCCUCUUGUUAUGGUACUCAAGCAGUUCCUGCAACAGCGAGUCCUCUCCGAAGUAUUCACGGGCGGCUUGGGCAGCUACAGCGUGACGCUCCUGGUGCUCAGUUUCCUUCAACUGCAUCCCAAGCUUCAACGUGGUGAGAUCUCUGCAAGUCAAAACCUAGGCGUGCUGCUUAUGGAGUUGCUCGAACUGUAUGGAAAGAACUUUGGUUACGACUAUUGUACCAUUGUUGUCCGCGGGCGUGGAUGCUACAUGAGCAAAAUGGACUCGAAGAUGUACGACGAGCGCAAGCCCUUCCUUCUCAGCAUCCAAGACCCUCAUGAUCCUUCCAAUGACAUUUCUCGCGGAUCAUUUGCCAUCAUUAGUGUGCGCUCGGCCCUGGGCGGUGCCUUCGACAUUUUGCAUGCAGCGCUAUGCGAACGUGCAAGUGAUAUCCAAAAUUUCCGCCGGCGGCAGCGCAUAUUAAGCGACAGACAAAGCCAGAACACGCACACCUUCUUCCACCCCGAAGACGCAGACCAUCGACUGCAUCUCUAUUCUGACAAUAAAGAGCCUGAAAGUCUUUUGGGAUCUAUUUUGGGCGCGUCGAAGGAAAUGACAAAGCGCCGGAAUGAGAUCAAAAACUUGUUUGAAUCAGGCACGCUUCAGAAGCGACUAGCCAAGUUUGGGUAUCCUGUAGAUACCCUGGAUACCGUGCCAUCUACGUCUCCGGCAAAUACCGCCGAAAUGCCUCAAGAGAAACCAGCGGAAGAACGUGCGCGAGAGCCCGUCGAUGAUCCUAUCAUUGUGCCACCCAAUGGUCAGCCUCGUCGCCGACUCCAGCAAGAAACCAUGGAGACUUCGCCUGAGAGCAAGUAUGCACCCACUGGAACGCGAAAGCGUGGGGCUGACGACCCCUGGAGCCACCCUACCAAAGUCCAACGCGUGUCCGACAGCGAGUCAGAUGAAGACCUCGUUGCGGAGGACGCGCCUUAUGUCAUGGAAUCCAGUGAAUCUGAAGCUCCACCAUCAAGCAAAGCACCCAAGCGGCCUGCAAAGAAGCGCAUGUUGAACAUGGCUGGGCGUGCGAAGCGCUUUGUCAAGUCGACUGCCAGUAAACUGAGCAAGAGUGAUCGCAUUCACUUUUGGAACAACAAGGCGGGUGCAGCGCCAAGCAACGACGGAUAA